AUGGCUCUGGACGAAAUUGAAGCCAUUAGCCAUCUGAGAGAAGAGGAAUCCAUUACUGUGCAGGUAGAAGAAGUUGCCAGCACUGACCUGACCAAUGCCUUGGCUGAUAUCCGGAGUGAAUAUGAAAACUUCAUUAGUAAACAGAGGAGACAGACUGAGGCCUGGAGUAAUAGUAAGAUGCAGGCCACCACCUUCAGUCAGGCAAUGACUAAAAGUGGCACAGAUGCUCAGAGCAGCAAUAGCCAAGUCACUAACCUAACUGUUCAAGUGCAGGCCUUGGAGAUUGAACUGCAACUCUGUCACCGCAUGAACAAGUCUUUGGAGGACAUACUGCAGAGCACAGAGUCAAGUUAUUCAGACAAACUGAGGGAGCACCAGCAGAGGGCAGCCCACUUGGAAGAUGAACUGCAUGCACUGCGAGAUGAUAUCCAGCGCCAGGCCCAGGACUACCAGGUACUACUGGACAUUAAAAACCACCUUGAGACAGAGAUCACAGACUACAGACACUUGCUGGAUGGGCAGGAGACCAGCCAAAAAGACCUGGAAAUGACAGCGAUUUCCAACAACUGCCUCCCAGGCUUAAACUCAGUGCAACAAAGCAAGAUGGAGAGAGACAAAGCAGCAGAGAAGGAGCCCAAGAUGGAUGGUCUGGGAGAGUCUGUGGUAAACCUGGAGUUGGAACCAUGCCCAGAAUUUGACAUUCACCAGGAACUGGUAUUAGGAUUAGAGGUGUCAACAAACAGCGAACAAGACCUACAAAAAGGGCCUGUGAUAAGUCAGGAACUGGAACCCAAACCAGUAUAUGCACUGGCUACAGAGCUGGAACCAAACUCAAAAUUAAAAGCUAGAUCCAGAUCCCACAGUGCUCCAAGAAUGUUUUAUAGACAAAAAGAAAGAAUCAGACACAGCAGUUGCAAAAAUGUUGAGCUGCCACUGGAAGUAGAAUCUGCAACAGAUGUAAAGGUAAAACUAGAACCUAUGGUUUUCUUAAAUGCAGAGCUGGAAUGCACCGCAGAGUCUUCAGUAAGUCUAGACCAAAAUCCAGAUCAAAAGUACGAAAUAGAUAUAGUGAAAUCACAAGAAUCAGCAUCUUCAAUAGAUUUGGAUCAGGAACAACAAUCUGAACUUCUGCCCAACCAGGAGUUCAUUUUAGAAGUAAAGUCUUCUAUAAGCAUGGGAUCAGACCCAGAACAACAGUCUGUAAUAAUAAGACAGGGGUUGAAACCUGAACCAGCCUCUACAUUAACUGCAGAGCUGGAACAAGAAGCAGAAUCCACAAUAGGUCUGGAUUUGGUCUCUGUUGCAGGCCAGGAGCGGGAACUAAAACUAGACCCAUCAAUAAAUAUGGAACCAGACCUUCAACCAGAAAAUAUAAUAAGUCAGGAACAAUUACCAGCAUUCGUAUUAAAGGCCCAGCUAGAGCCAGAAUCAAAGCCUGACAUAAAUCUUGAGCUAAAAUCAGCACAAGAGCCAGUAGUAAAUAUCGAGUUUGAACUAGAACCUGAAUCUGUAAGACUUCAAGGGCUGACACCAGAAUCACAGAGUGCAAUUAAUGUGGAGCAUCUUGAGUAAUCAUGGUCCUCAAAUCUGAACUAGAAGAGAAGUCAUGGCCAACCACAGAAUUUGUGCCAGAAUCGGUUAAAAAAUUAAAUUGAAAGCAGAGAAAGGAACAAAUUUCGUAGUAAAUAUGAACUCCUCCAAGUGACAGAAUUUAAGUGGGAAAUGACCUUGGAGUCGGAAUUUUUAAUAAGCGUAGGAAUAAGAGUCUGAACAAAUUCAGGAGCAUUGCAUAUAAGCCAAGGUCUACACCAGAUAGGUUUAAGCAUUACUGCAAAUGUAAUAAGGACACCAUGUUUGAAAGGAGCUAGGCUGAGAAAUAAACCAAACUUUCUACUGAUUGUGAAUUUCAUGAAUUUAAUUCUUGUUUCAUUAUCUUAUUGUGUCUUUACUUUGUAUUUCUAAGGACAAGUAGCAAGGAUUGCAGUAUCUUUCUAUACUCUAUGUAUACUAUGUAUUUAACCAUUUUCCCAAUAAUUGUAGUAAAGUAUGGCAACCAGUGUGUUGUGGUGGGUGGUUUAGGAUUCUAUCAAUUGAUAAAGAUUAAACAAUGUAA